AUGUGGCUGGAAAAUGGGACCCUAGUGUCCCAGUUCCUUCUGGAAGGGUUGACUGACACAGAGGAGUUGAGGCCCUUGCUCUUUGCCAUCUUCCUGCUGGUCUACAUAGUGGCUGUGGUUGGGAACCUGGGCAUCGUCAGCCUCAUUGUAAUGGACUCCCGGCUCCACACUCCCGUGUACUUCUUCUUAGCCAACCUGUCGCUGCUGGACACUGCCUAUGUCUCCAACACGGUGCCUCAGGUGCUGGUGCAUCUGCUGGCACCAGUGCGGACCAUGCCCUAUCGUGCUUGUCUUGCCCAGAUAUUCUUAAGAACCCGGGCAGGACUAGCUUCAAUCUCCUGCCUUCUUGCCUUGGCCAAUGCACUCACCCACACCACCCUUGCAGCUCUACUCAAAUUCUGCGGACCUCGCCUCAUCACUCACUUCUUCUGUGACCUCCCUCCACUGCUCAAACUCUCUUGCUCCAGCACGCAGGCAAGUGAACUCGCCCUGGUCUUCUUUGGUUUUCUGGUGGCUCUUGCCCCCUGCGCCCUGGUUGUCAUCUCCUAUAUGCACAUUGUGGCCGCUGUUCUCAGGGUCCACUGUGCUGAGGGCCGAAGGAAAGCCUUUUCCACCUGUGGCGCUCACGUCACUGUGGUCUGUAUUUUCUACGUCACUUCAGGGCUCUGCUACAUCCUUCCCAGCUCUGCAUACUCGGGCUUGCGAGACCGGCUGCUCUCUGUGCUGUACGUGGUCCUCACUCCCAUGCUCAACCCCAUCAUCUACAGCGUGCAAAACAAGGAGGCGAAGGGGGCUUUAUUUAAGGUCCUUGGGAAAGAAAGUGCCUGCUAG